UAAAUUUUUUGCCCAACCCUAGAAUAAUUACAGGAAGGGCCAAUUGCUUGUCAGCGUCCUGAGCUGAAAUGGCAUCGGAAAAACGAUGCCUCUACGAGGUGCUUGACCUGAGCAAGGACUGCUCGCCGGACGAAAUCCGAUCGGCGUACAAGAAGCUAGCCCUCCAGCGCCACCCCGACAAGCUCGUCCAAUCCGGGUUGACCCACGAACAGGCCACCGCUCAGUUUCAAGAACUCGUUAACGCUUACGAGGUCCUCUCCGAUCCCAAAGAACGCGCCUGGUACGAUUCUCACCGUUCGCAGAUUCUUUUCUCCGACCUGAACUCGUCCUCUAACUCCGGUCCCAACUCCGUCGUUCCCAAUCUCUUCUCUUAUUUCUCAAACACCGCCUUUUCAGGUUAUUCGGAUUCUGGUACAGGUUUUUAUAAGGUUUAUUCUGAUUUGUUUGAUAAGGUUUUUAGGAAUGAGAUCAAUUUUGUUAAGAAAUUAGGGUUGGGAUUGGAUUCUGUGCGAGAGGCGCCGAUAAUGGGGAAUUUGGAGAGUCCGUACAGUCAGGUGACGGCGUUUUAUAAUUAUUGGUUAGGGUUUAGUACGGUGAUGGAUUUUUGUUGGGUGGACCAAUAUGAUGUUAUGGCAGGGCCUAAUAGAAAAUCUAGGCGGGUGAUGGAGGAGGAGAAUAAGAAGUUGAGGAAAAAGGCGAAAAGGGAGUAUAAUGAGACCGUGAGAGGUCUGGCUGAGUUUGUCAAGAAGAGGGAUAAGAGAGUGAUUGAUAUGGCGGUGAAGAAGAACAAGGAGAGGGAGAGGAAGAAGGAGGAGGAGAGAGAGAAGAGGAAGAAGUUGGAGAGGGAGAGACUGGAACAAGCAAGUAGAUAUGAGGAGCCGGAGUGGGCAAGAAUUGAUGACGAUGGUGAAAAUGAUGCUGGAUUUGAGGAGGAAGUGGAGGAGAAUGAGAAUAAGAGAAAUGAGUUUUAUUGUGUUGUGUGUGGGAAGAAGUUUAAGAGUGAGAAGCAAUGGAGGAAUCAUGAGCAGUCGAAGAAGCACAAGGAGAAAGUGGCAGAGUUGCGAGAGAGUUUUGUGGACGAGGAUGAGGAUGAUGAGAGAGAUGAUUUUGAUGAUUUGGAUGGUGAGAUGGAGGAGUUAGGAGAUAUGUUUAAGGCAAGUUUAGGGAUUGAGGAAAGAGAGGUCAAAAAUGGAGUUGGUGGAUUUAGUGGUGAUGAUGAUGAUGAGGAAAUUGAGUUUUUUGAUGUUGAGAAUAGUGAUGAGGUAAAUGGUAUAGCUGAGGGAUUUCAAGAUGCUGAUGAUGAUGAGAACGAGGAUGAAGAAUUCAUUAUGCUUAAAGCUAUGGUUUCAGGGCUUAAGACUAGGAAAAAAGUGGCUUUGAAGCGGGAGGAUGAGGUGUCAGAACCUCAACUUCAUGUUGAGAAUGUGAUUGAUGAGGAUGAGGUUAUGGAUUAUGAUAACCGCAAGAGCACAAGAAGGAAAGCCAAGAAAGAAAGGGGUAGAAAGAGCACAGGAGAAGCUACAAAGAGUGAUAAAAACGGAACAAAGGGUGGCAAUGAGCAAGCUAAUGCCCAUGAUAAUUCACAUAUGGGAGAGGAAUCCACUUCCCAGCCUUUUAUGGAAAAUGUGAACAAUGGUACAAGGGAUGACCAGUCAGGAACAUAUGUCAACACGUCAGACCAACCGGUUGACAGAAAUGGGAUGGUGAAGGAAAAAAAAGCCAAAUCGAAGAACUCUUCCAAAGGAAAGAAAGCAAAGGCAACAUCAAAGAAUUCCAGCAAUUUGUGUGAAAGAUGUGGAGAGGAAUUUGAAUCAAGGAAUAAAUUACAUAAGCAUUUAAGUGACACGGGUCAUGCAUCGUUGAAGCUUAGAUGAGAUUGCGCAAUUUUUGCAUCUGGAGAGUAAUAUUAGCUCAUUGAUUGUAUUCCAAAGUUCUGUUAGGAAAUUUUUUGUCAUUCUUUUUCAUAAUAUUGCAUAUCCUUGAUUCAGUGCAAAAGGCGCUGGUAAUGGGUCAUUGAGAGUCUUUCUUUACAGUCAAAUGCUGCUGUUUCAAAGUUGGUGGUUAGGAUUUUGUAGCAAAGGGGUCGGCUUUGUUGUGAAGACAAGAAAUGACUGAUAUGGUGGUGAUUAUGGUGAAAAUGACUCAGGUAAACAAGUUCACAAUCGAAAUUGUAGAGAGAAUGGAGAAAGAGGAAGAGAUAAUUUAACUAAUUUAUUUGUUUAUUUUGUAGCACAAUAGUUUCUGUUUUAAAGUUUGUGGUUAGGAGAAUGAAUGAAUUUUAUAGUCAAGUGCGGUGUAAUAAAAUUAUGAACACUUAUUUUUUAAUAUUCAAUUGGGUAUUUAUAUAA